AUGGCUUCCAAAGCUACAGCCUCCCUUGCCUUCCUCCUCUCUCUCAAUCUCCUCUUCUUUUCACUUGUCUCAGCCUGCAGUGACUGCUAUGUCCCUUCCCCUCCCAUUCCCAACCCAUGCCCUCCUACAAUGCCGAACCCUCCAUCUGCCCAUGGAAAGUGCCCUAGGGACACUCUUAAACUCGGCGUCUGCGCCAAGCUGCUCGGCGGCCUCCUUGACGUUACCAUCGGCAAGCCCCCUGUGACGCCGUGCUGCAGCCUCAUCGAAGGCCUUGUCGACCUCGAAGCUGCUGUCUGCCUUUGCACUGCCAUUAAAGCCAAUGUGUUGGGCAACAACCUUAACAUCCCUGUCUCCCUCAGCUUGCUCCUUAAUGUCUGCAAGAAGAAGGUUCCCGAGGGAUUCAAGUGCUGA